AGUAAGUCCACCCUCUACGUGCAUUCAUAAACGGAUGUGCUAAGUGUUGAAUGUACUGUACAUACACAGCUAGGACCAUGGCGGAAGAGGACGACACGAGAAUUCGGAUUUUACAGAGCUUGCGGGGGAAGAUCUGUCAAGCCAAGAACCUCAGCCCGUUCCCCGGGCCCAACCGCCUGAGGGACCAGUGCACCUACUGCACCAUCAGCCUGGACCAGGAGGAGGUCUUCCGCACCAAAAUGUCAGAGAAGAAUCUCAGCCCUUUCUACGGAGAGGACUUCUAUUUCGAAAUCCCACGGCCAUUUCAGUAUUUGUCCUUCUACGUGUACGCAAAGAGUGUGUUCAGCUACAUACCCGUAGGGAAGGUGGCAAUCCGGAAGGAGGACCUGUAUAAGUUCAGUGGGAAGGAACACUGGUUCUGCCUGCAGCCGGUCGAUCCCAACUCCGAGGUCCAGGGGAAGGUUCACCUGGAAAUGCGGCUGAAUGAGCUCAUCACGGAGAACGGCUCGGUCUGUCAACAGCUGGUGGUCCGGAUAAUCGAAUGCCAGGGCCUGCCCCUGAUCAACGGACAGAGCUGCGAUUCGUACGCCACCGUCUCGCUGGUCGGACCAGCCAGGUCUGAUCAGAAGAAGACCAAGGUCAAGAAGAAAAGCAGUGACCCCCAGUUUGACGAGGUGUUCUACUUUGAGGUCACGAGGUCCAGCAGCUACACAAAGAAGUCCCACUUCCAGGUGGAGGAGGAAGACAUUGAGAAGCUGGAGAUCAAAGUCGACCUGUGGAACAAUGGCAAUCUAGCGCAGGAUGUUUUCCUAGGAGAGACACGGGUUUCUGUCAAGAUUCUGCGGAACGACUCCAUUCACCGCGCAUGGUAUUUAUUGCAGCCGAAAGGUAACGGCACUAAGAGCUCAAAGCCGGACGACCUGGGCUCCCUGCGUCUGAAUGUGACCUACACCGAGGACAACGUCCUGCCCUCUGUGUGCUACACGUCUCUGCGCACUCUGCUGCUGAAGUCCCCGGAAGUGAAGCCCAUCUCGGCGUCAGCGGCCCACAUCCUGGGUGAUAUCUGCAGGGAGAGGUACGAGGCCGUCCUGCCAGUGGUGAGGCUUCUCCUGCACCACAACCGCCUGGUGCCUUUCGUCUCCGCCAUCGCAGAGCUGGAGCUGCUGCAGACCCAGGAGGCCAACACCAUAUUCCGAGGAAACUCGCUGGCGACUCGCUGCAUUGAUGACAUGAUGAAAAUUGUGGGGCGGAGCUACCUGAACGUCACCUUGAAGCCAGUCCUGGAUGAGAUCUGCGAAUCCAACAAAUCGUGUGAGAUCGAUCCGGUGAAGCUUAAAGAGGGAGACAAUGUGGAAGUAAACAAGGAGAACCUGCAGCAGUACGUACAGAAGGUGUUCUCCUCCAUCACCCAGUCCAGUGUCAGCUGCCCCCCCCUGAUGUGCGACGUGUUCCGGUCCCUGAGGCAAAUGGCCUCCAAACGUUUCCCCAAUGACCCUCACGUGCAGUACUCCGCCGUCAGCAGCUUCGUGUUCCUGCGUUUCUUCGCCGUCGCCGUUCUGUCGCCUCACACCUUCCAGCUCCGCCCUCAUCACCCCGAGCCAGAGAUUGCCCGCACUCUAACCCUCAUCUCCAAAACCAUUCAGACGCUUGGGAGCUGGGGGAGUCUGUCCAAAAAUAAACUGUCCAGUUUUAAAGAAUCCUACAUGUAUGAGUUCUUCAAAUCAUUCCAAGAAGAUAAAUGCAUAGAGGAAGUUAAAAAGUUCUUGGACGAGAUUUCCUCCAAUGUGAACAAAGAAUCAAGUGGGGUUGAAGACUCUGUGGUUCUGAAGGAGGGGGAGGUGCACAAGCGGGCCCAGGGAAGAAAGAGGAUUGGAAAGAAGAAUUUCAAAAAGAGGUGGCUCCGUGUAACCCACAGGGAGCUGUCUUACCACAAGCACCGGGGGAAAGAGGCCCUUUGCAUCAUCCUUGUGAAGAACAUCGUGGCAGUGGAGAAACUGGAGGAGAACGCCUUCACCAGGAAGAACAUGUUCCAGGUGAUCCACGGGGAGAAGCCGCUCUACAUCCAGGCGGGUAACUGCGUGGAGGCCAGCGAGUGGAUCGAGGUCCUGAGCCAGCUGAGCCGCUGCAACCCGGGCAGGCUGAGCACCUUCCACCCCUCCGCCUACCUGAGCGGCUCCUGGCUCUGCUGCCUGGCCCCCGGGGAACACCUGCCCGGCUGCAAGCCCUGCUCCACGGUACCAGUGAACAUCCAGCUGGACAUCGACUGCGACCGUGAGAUCGAGAGGAUCUUCUCCCUCUUCUCCUCCAACUGCUCCAAGCUGCAGAAGAUGGAAGAUGCCUGUGCCACCAUCGCCGUGUACCAGGGGCCCGAGAAGGAGCAGGAGGACUACUCCCUCUUCACCAUCCAGGACCCCAAGGAGACCUUCCGCACCAUCCAGGACAUCCGGCAGGUCCUGGAUCACCUGCAGGAGCAGCACGUCAUCAUCGGGAGCUCUGUCACCGCCCAGUACGGCAGCCUGGAUAACCCAAUUGUGGGGAAAAGCUCUUAAAGGUCACAAAGGAAGGACUUGGUAAGAUAGACAGCCUGUCCAGUAGAUGGCGCUACAGUCCCAGACAGAGUUUAACACUGGAGCAACACAGCGCUGGGACGAGCUCUGACCAUGCUGCUGCUUCCACAGGGAAGAACGCACACCCUGAGCAUUGAGGUCUCUACAGGAAAUGGAAAGGAGGAAGUAGAAACCGGUCAUCUGACCACUGCAUGGUUCUCUUAUUGGUUCCUUCCACUUCUUUUUAUCUGUAAAUGGCAUUUUCAUUUUUCAUCAUGUUUCGCUUUCUCAUUCGUUUCAGUUGAAAGAAAAGGUUGUAAUAUAUUAGGCAUUACUUAAUUUUAUUACAGUUAGACUUCUCACUUUUCCUACGGAGCUGUGAAAAGGAGACUUCACACUCAAGUUAUUCUGUGUGAAUAGGCUGCUAAUAUACUUUUCUUAAAAAAAAAAAAAGAAACAUUUUAAAAUCUUCAAAAACAAUCAUUAAGCCGUUUUUACAAUCUGUAGUGUGAUGUUGGAGGAGAGUGACAAUGAGAAUAGUUUGGUACAGAGUCCAGAAAGGGAACGUUCCUCUCUCUUAAGCUCCCCCUUCCCCUUCUCUCUUCUCCUCUCUGCACUUUUGGAAUAAGUGCAAGUUUUUAUAGAGUACGAUUUGAGUGGUUACAACAAAUCUGCCUUAUUUUAUUUAUAGAUGUAUAUACAAUGUUGUUGUUUUUUUUUUGUUUUUUGUUUUUGUUUUUUGUCUCUUGGGGGAAUGAUGUUGAAGCACUUUAGAUAAAUUUGGAAAGUUCCAGAUUGGAUAAUUUAGAUACGUGGUAUCAAUUGACUCCAUACUGAUCAGUUAAAUGAUCAACUAUAAUUUUGUAAUCCUGUACAGUGAAGUUUAUAUUCUGUAAAUUUUAAUAUCUAUUUUCAAACACCAAAGAAAAUUAUUUCAUAGGGUUCAGGACUUGAAAAGGGUACACAUGUAUUUUAAAUGAAGAAAUUUUGAAAAUGACCUUUAAAAUAUUUGAUAUUACAUUGGCAAUAUUUUAUUAAAUGAAGAGCGUCAGAUUCUACAAUCUCCUCUUAUGGGUCUCAAGACUAUCUUCGCGAACCUGACUUGCUUUGCGUGGUGUGCGUUGUCUUUGUGCCACAGCCAUUCCACAACCAAAGAGGUUUCAGGUUUGGUCCUGCUCCAUGGCCUGACUGCAUCAUUUGGUUAUGUUACGGUCGUGUCGCAAAAGCGCAGUGCGAGUCUCGUUUGUGACAUCAUCAUCCCUUGUGCCACUAAAACAGGAGUGCACCUGCAUUUACAGCCCCCAGUUCAUAAAGAACCAGACAAUCAGAGUUCCACCUUGAUGAGCAUUGGCACAUGUUGCUGUGGCUUUGAGGGCAACCAAUUGCAGAAACGGGUUCCACUCCACAAACGGAAUGCUGUUCUAUGAUUGGACAGAUGUUGAGAUCAAGUCCGGUAGAGAACGAAUUUCCCUUUUUUCAGUCGUGUGUCCGUUUGACUUACACUCAUCUCUCAUAAUCUUUACCCGGUUUAUCCCUUCACUGAGUUGUAUUUUGUAAAGAAUGGAUAGAAACUUGAACUGAAGUCAGCCGCAGAAGUAAAAUGUUUAAUACUGUCAGUACAGGGUUAACAACGUGUUGUAAAUUUGCAAUCAGACUUUGCCUUUGGUCCGCCAUAUAUUUCUAACACGCUUGUCCCUCGUAUUUAAUAUGACGUGUUUUUAUGUUUUGUAUGUUUGCAUUACACACUGUGAUUUGAUAACUUGCUAAACUGUGCAUACAGAGGUACCGCGGUGUGCUCCGCCCCCGUGCUGAAGCCUGGCGCUGGUUUCCAUAGCGAAUGCAGAAACGUGGUACUCGCACGCUGAUGUAGGGUGGUGUACGUUAGAGGUCUCAGAACAGGAGAGCAUAAGGCUCCAGGUAGUCGCCGAGACCGAAUUAUGGUACUUACAUGACGUUUGAAGUAAGAGUUGUAAGCUGCUGAUGUUUACCCAAUUAACCACCACCCCAGCCAACCCACCCCUAACUAAUUGGCUCUUUCAGUCAUGUGACCUCAUCUUAUUUACUUAUGAAUGACAUGGUGUGUACACACAAUCAUGAAGAGAUAUCUGAAGAUCCAUUGGUUUAUCUACUGUUGUAUACAAAAAAUGGUGUUCUGAGGGAACACCCUGAUUUAAAAUAGGUUUUGCCUCUCCGUUGAAAUUGGUGGUUUGGACAUUAAUGUCACAUUGCCAGGCUGGUCUGAAUUGCAUGAAGUGGACAUGCAGUGAACAUUAUGACCGUUCUUUCACACAAUCAAGUAGAAGCUGGAAUUGAGUUAUGAAUUUGCUCUUCACUUUGAGAGCACACGCAGUAUAUACCUUACAGACCAAUCACCAGUCACCAUGUGGUAUCACUAGGCAACAGUUUGGAGGUACAAGUGACGUCACAGUUGUUCAUCACUGGUCCUGUAUCGUGAUUCAUUGUUUUUGUUCGUUGAAGCCGGUAUUGUUUAUCAGCAAAAUGAAAACUGUACAUUCCACUCCGUAGCCCGAGAUUAGGUUCUCUGGCAGAGACGGUGUUUAUGUCACUCCCCACGCUCCGUGUGUGGACGUAAUGCAGGGGCUUGUGCGGGAGGGAAACCCCGUUACUCCAGUCUGUGUGACAAUGGGAGCCCCUGCAGUCUCUCCUGGCGGCCAUUUUGGAUGAGAUCAGCUGCAGCCGCUGGUGCUCUGCUGAUCUGCGUAUGCAAAAUGGAAAAGAAAAUUACUUGUUUCAUUUGUUUUUCCGCUCGUUGAGUUCUGGACAACUCAUGGUAUGUUUCUGUUACUAAAUGUAUUUUUGUUAUUUAAACUUUUUUAUAAUUAUUUUCAUAACAAAAAGCUCAUGUCUUAUUUCCUCUUUUUUUUUAAUUUGUUACUUGGAAAUAAUUUACAAUAAACGUUUUGCCAACUGUAA